CUCGUAACUGCAGAGCGUGAUGAACACAGCUUCAGAACCUCAGCUUCAGUGGUGUGCUCAGCAUGGGCUGCUCUUCGUCCAGCACGCAGACGCUCGCGCAGGAGGACCGGCCGCGCGACAAAGAAACUGUGCUCUCUCGUAAUGGGCUUGUAGCAGAAGACAGCGAGACUGUCUCGGAUCAGAUGCAGCUGCCAGUUCAAAGCGCUCUGCCGGAUGAGCUGGGUCCCGGACCGGGCGAGACGGUGGAAGAUGUCCAGUCUGAGGCUUCAGAAGCAGAGCAGACAACGGUCAGCGCUAGUGAUGCUCCUCUGGAGGAGAGAGAUCCAGCAGACGUUCCUGAAACAUCGAGCCCUGAAGCUCCUGCUGAAGAGCAUGCUGCGUCAGAACCCAGUGACACUACGCCUGCAGAACCCUCUCUAGCUGUGGAACCAGCAUCAGAUCUCACCAGCACUCCAGAACCCAAGCCGGCUGAGCUAACAGCAGCUCCAGAAGCCCCAUCAGACGUGAGCUCGGAGCCCACACUGGAGCAAGCAGACACAGUUCCUGAAGCGAAGCCAACCGCAGCUCCAGAACCAGGUCCAGUGGAGCUUCCCCUGAAUGUAGAGUCCACUCCAGCACCAGAACCCACUCCAGAGGAACCCGACCCGAAUGUAGAAUCAGCUCUACCUGCACCUCCAGAACCCAUUCCAGCCGAAGUAAGCCCUGCUCCAGAACUCACUGUGUCUGAACCGGUCCCGAGUGCAGAACCAGCUCCUGCUGAGGAUCUGACUGUGUCUCCAGAACACGCUGCAGUGGAACCAAGCCCAGCUCCAGAACCCACGGCUGAGGAACCGAGUCCAGCUCCAGAACCUACGGCUGAGGAACCGAGUCCAGCUCCAGAACCCACGGCUGAGGAACCGAGUCCAGCUCCAGAACCCACGGCUGAGGAACCGAGUCCAGCUCCAGAACCCACAGCUGAGGAACCGAGUCCAGCCCAAGCGACUGAGGCAGCAGUGAUCUCACAGUCUGCAGAGGAGAAAGAGACCGACGCAGUCGCUCCAGAGGGAGCCGCCGGUGAGGAGAGCGCAGCAGAUGCAGCUGUGGUCGGUGAAGAUGGAGCUGAUCUGAAAUCCACAGAACCUGCAGAUUGAUGGCAGUGUGAUGCUGUAAGACGUGCCUUUUAUUUCAGUAGACAUGAGGGUUUGGGCUUCACAUAAGUUUGUACAUAAAUUAGUGUUUCUAAGUAGCGUUAGCAUCAUUAGCAUUGUUGUUAAAAGCCACAGAAAUGCCUCUGAGAGCGCGGGUCCCGUGGGUAACCGGCCGAGCGUGGGACGAAUGCUUGUGCCACUGGAUAAAAUCACAGCAUCAUGUCCUCAUCUUCAACUGAGUCAAACUCAACAACAAUAUUAACUCAUCUGAACAAACACGAGCCAAAAUUAGCCAAAUUAUUCUUAAUAAUGUGUCUUUUAAUGGGUCAGAAGGGCUUCGUCUCUUUUAUGUAUUUAGUGCAUCUUUCUCCUCAGACUGCAGAUGUAAAGCAGUUUGACUCUUUACUUGCAUUAAUCAAAGGCAAACGGUAGUAUAUUAAUCAAUAGUAUAUGUUGUUGGGUUAUUUUAGUAUUGUUUGUGGUGACUGAUAGUUACUGGAGCACUAAUAAACCUCAUCUGAUCAGCUUUAAAUCUGUGACACUGGAAGGAAAGCAGUUGCUCAGUGAAUCAAAUCAGUGUGAAAACAUGAAAGUUGAACUCUUUAUACAAAUAAAUCAAGCUUUUAAUGAACUAUGACAUGAUCUCUGCACGUCUCCUGUAUGUGUCUUUUUUUACAUUUAUA